AUGAAAAUGGGUUCGUCCAAGCGCAAAUCGUCCUUCCGGAUUGAUGACAUACUGCACCAGCAGCGAGUGGAACAGCAGAAUCUGCUUUACCAGCAUCAUCAUGCUGGCCGGCUAGCCGGUACCAGCACCUCGUCCAGUGAUACCGGAUCAGUUCUCGCGGCCGGACAUGCCAGCACGGCCAGCAGCUAUAGCAGUGCCCUCCAGAGUCAUACCGUCGCGCCCGAUUGUGGUACACCGCCGGGAUCGCCCGCACUUGUCUCACCGCUAGCCGUCAGUACGGGGAGUAAUGGUGCGUCGGUCCGUUCGGAAUCGCCCAAAAAACCCACCGCCAUGUAUCCGGGGCUGCUGGACUUUUCCAAAAACGUCAUACCGAUCCCGCUUCAGUUCGGCAUGCCGGCGUUCAAUCCCCUCAAUGCCGCCUAUCUGGAGCACUAUGCGAACGUGUUACACAAAGCCUCACCACGCGUUUGGCCGUUCUAUCCUCACCCGUACAGCUAUCUGCUCCCUACCUGCGGCUCCAAGCGGAAAGGUGGCCAGGUUCGGUUUACGCCCCAGCAGACGCAAAGUUUGGAGAAACGAUUUUCCAACCACAAGUACCUUUCGCCGGAAGAUCGUCGAAAUCUUGCGAUUCAGCUUAAGCUGAGCGAUCGACAGGUCAAAACGUGGUUUCAAAACCGUCGUGCCAAGUGGCGAAGAGCCAACAGUGGAUGCCAAUCGACGGACGGGCAUGGUGCGUCUGAUGGUCCGAUGGGAGAUGCAGCCAAAAUGCCGUCCAGUGCGGGGACAAACGGUGCGUCUAGCCGUGCCCAUAAAUACUCGAGCGAAAAUGAGGAAGAUGAGGGUGCUGAUGAAGGUGUGCCCCGGUACCAUGGACGAAGAACUUCCUCCUCGAUGGAUAGCUACUCGGACCGUGGUUCGAGUGAGGAGCGUGACGAUGAAGAGGACGAUCCGUCUGCACCGAUCGAUGUAAUAUAG